AUGGAUCAAAAGCCGAAGAAAUUCCCGAUUCUAGUAUUCAUACACGGCGAUUCCUUUGAGUGGAGUUCAGGGAAUCCUUACGACGGGAGGAUCCUCGCGUCAUAUGGGAAUAUUAUGGUUAUUACAGUCAAUUUCAGACUGGGGAUACUGGGGUUCAUGAAACCAAGUCUAACGGAACAUGUAUACGGCAACAAUGGUCUUUUGGACCAGCUAGCAGCACUGCAGUGGAUCAAGGACAACAUUGAGGACCUGAAUGGAGAUCCUCGGUCAGUGACGUUGAUGGGGCAUGGCACUGGUGCUGCAUGUGUCAAUUAUCUGAUGAUGUCACCUAUUAGUAAUGGUCUCUUCCACCGAGCGAUCCUGAUGUCAGGCUCGGCGUUAUCAGACUGGGCAAUGACGAAAGACCCUACGCAGUUUACGAUGCAAGUGGCUCAAAUUUCGGGCUGCAACCCAAGUUCGAAAAACAUGAUGUCUUGUCUGCAGAAUAAGCCGUUAUCAGAAAUUAAGAGAGUGCAAAUUCUUGCAAGAGAUUUUGAAACUCCUCUAGCACCGAUUGUUGCUGGUUCUUUUAUUCCGAACGAGCCUGCUAAGAUUAUGGAAUCGUUUCCGAAUUUGUUAAGCAAAUAUCAGGUCCUCAGCGGAGUAACAGAAUAUGAAAGAUACCAUGACUUUGGAGUAAUAGAGCUUGACCACGGUGUAUUAGAAAACCAAAGAGAUGAGUUCAUUAAAAAUUAUGCCAAAGUCGUUUUUGGUGUUAUCGAUGACGUGAUUUUAAAGGAGAUUUUAAAACAAUACGCACCAUCAAAACUAGAUCCUCAACGUUGGUCGGUAGAAGCCAAUCGUGACGUCAUCCUAAACGUGUUCAGUGACUCCAGGACUUUAGCGCCUAUGAUCCGGUUUGCCAACUAUCAAUCAAAAUCCAAUAGGCAAUCGUAUUUCUAUGUGUUUGGACACAAUUCUAUCAGCACUGAUUAUGCUGGGCUAAACAAAAGCGUGAAUGGAGAAGAGCUACCUUACGUCUUUGGCGUCCCACUAGGAGGUGCCUACACCCACUUUCAUUCUGAUUAUACGCAGAAAGAGAAGCUAUUGAGUGAAGUCAUUAUGAGACUGUGGACAAAUUUUAUUAAAAUGGGAACUCCAAACACCCAAAGCGUGAACGAAUAUUACACGUUAGACGAGAAACAAUGGAAAGCCUACAACGUCGACUGGCCAGAAUACGACGUCAAUCAUCAAUCCUAUUUGAGACUUGACAUACCGCCCCUCAUCAGCAGUUUAUACCGGUCGAAUUACACCAAAUUUUGGAUAGAGGAACUGCCAACUACUAUGAAGAAAUACGUCAUCGAUCCGUUGUAUGAUUAUACUCCAACAUCGCUUCGAUCAAAAAUAACACAUGGUUCAACUAGUCGUCCAGAAUCACCGAGAAAACCUUAUCAAUCCAGAGGCUCAAGCUCAAGUUUCAACCAGCCAUAUCAGCCACGUUACGUUCCGUCAGUGUCGUCCUAUGGUAGCGUGAAUUCCUAUCCUUCGUCUGUACGAAGAUUAGAUACCGACAAAAUAUACAGAGAAAUAAGUCAAAUAGACAAGCCAUCAGCUAGGCCGCCUGCUCCAAAUGGGUUAAUGGAAAAUUCACGUACUACCACUACAACACACCGACCUUCACCUGUGGUGAAAACAUCAGGAGCGACAAUAACGCUAGUUAUUUCACUCGGAAUUCUUUUCUUAGCAGUGAAUGUAGCAAUAUGUGCCAUUUUGUACUUCAAGAAACGAAAUCUGCGCUUACGUGAGCAAGCUUUUGUGGGCGCUCGACAUUCACGAGCUGAAAUCGGUGAGGUCGAUGUAAUUGGUCAAAAGCUUUCAAAGGACGACAAAAGUGCUUUAAAAACAUUUAAAAACGGCUAUAGCGCUAUUAAAACUAUGAGUAUCAGUAAAAUACGGGGAAAUAGUAAAAAAGGUUCAAGUAAGUCUAAAAAAAAAUUAGAACCUUGUAAGACUCCUAAAUCUGAUGACUCCGGCGGAUUCAGAGAACGGUUCCAGUUGAGACGGCAUUUGUCAACAAGUACUUUAGAUGCUAAUACAAAAGUGAAGGAUUGGAUUACAAACGAAUUAAUGCAUCGAUGCUCUCCGAAUAUUUUAAUGAAAUCUAACACUGAUUUACAAACAGAGAAACGUUUGACAAUUGCAAAACCUUUCACGAGAUCAGAAGAGCUAUUAUCAGAUACAACAAAGUCCAACAAAGGUAUUAAGGAUACAUUGGUAGUUGGAGAUGCCCGUGCGACAACUUUGCCUUCAAAAGCAAGCAAUAAACCCAAAACGUCUGAAAAAACUACAUCUACUUCUGCUCUUGGUUCUCAUUCUUCAAUAGCAAGCAACAAACAGUCAGUAGUUAGUAAGCAAACAGGAAAAUCCAAUGAGUCAUUGAAAAGCAAAGGAACUGACAGUACGAAAUCACAAAAAGUAUCAGUUGCUAUAGACGCUACACCAGCUGCGAGAACUAACUCAAUAUUGAGUCAAGUACCAAUUGAAAUUUCCAAAUCAUUUGACUGCAAUGAACCGAAACAUUCCAAUGAAGAUAAAUUGCAAAAGUCAAAAACUGAAAGUGAUACUAAUGUCGCAAUAGAAAUGAAACCUGAUAAUCAUGAGAAACAAAAAUUUACAAAUGAAGUAACUUUAUCUUUAGGGACUACUACAGGAUUAAAAAUAUCUCACAAGCAUUCCACAUCAGAUCCAGUAACUGAUAUUAAUUACGAGAAAAUUAUACAAGAAAAAAUUGAAAAUGGAGAAUCUAUAAUUAAUAUUCUCCCUCCGGUUACAUUUAGAAAUGAUAUAAAUGUGACUUCACGGGACGAAAAGCGAGAUAAGCUGCUGACUGCAGCUGAGGCUUUGCUUACUAUUCAAAGGCGGAACUACCCUAAAGUACUUCCGGAUUUACCAAAAGCGCAAAAGAGACUGUCUUUACAACCUACUGCAUUUCAAACUUUUCGUAACUACGUCGGCGGCGGCGAGUGUCAAGUUGAACGCUCAAAAGUUCCACCGCAGCCUCCGCCUAGAACUACUACUUUAGAGCGACGUUUAGCUUACAAGAAUACAAAGACUUUAUCUUCGUUUGAUACAGCAAACGUUAAGAAAAUUUCUAAAGCAGACACAACUCCAAGAAACUAUGAAAAUGUUGACACACUCUCACCACCGACUGAAUUUUAUCGUUCAAUUAACAAAUGUUUAGAAAGAAGUCCAAGCAUAAAUAAUCAAGUUGACCCAGUUAUAGUUAUCCCAAAGGAAAGAGAAUAUCCCAAAGUGAUCAUCGCUUCAAGUAACAUUCCUUCAAUUAGAACUCCAGAACCAAAACUCGUUAUUCAAUCUUCGCCAAGUCAAGUUGAAAUUCCUUCUAAUGCGCCAAGGGUAAGACUUCCUGAUGACUUUCAUUCACACUCACAAACAGGUUCAUUAACUUCAUUCUCCUCAUUCUGUUCUGAGGAUGAUGAUGAUGAUGAUGAUGAUGACAUAGAUGAUGAAUUUCUCGAUGAAGUAGCUGAAAACCAACUUAUAAAAGAAUUAGUAGGUGGAGUUGAAUCACCAACAGGUAUAGAUCAACUAGAUUCCAAAGGUCCAGAGACAAUAUUUGAGAAGAAAUUAGAAAUAGUACCUGUUAAAAUAAAUCCUGGCUACCUAGCGCCGAAAAACAAAGAAGACUAUGUUUGUAUAUCUAACUUGCAUUUACCAGAUGUGAGCGAUUUUGAGAAGACUGCUCAAAUAAAGCCUACUUUUGGUUUAAAUAAGUUACAACAAAGGAGUGAGAGUAUCCACAGCCCUAUGGAAAUGGCGGUAAAAGUUAAACAGAAAAGAAAAAAACCUUCGACAAUUCUUAACAAUAGUUUGAAAGGCAAAAGAAAAAGUGAUAAAUGCAAAAGUGAUUCAAGUAAAUUAGAACAUUCUACUUCUGGUUCUUCUAAUGAUACAGAAACUAGCACUGGGACUGUUAGACAAGUUUUAGUAAAAAAAUAA